GAAGUUUCGCUUAAAAGCGCCUGAAGACCCAGAUCACUGAUGUGACUUUGAAUUCAUCAUCACUAGAAGUACAGACAAUGUUCCCUGCAGCUAUUCAGACAGGUCAAUACACAUGUCGUACCAUGUCAGCAGUGGCUAGGUGUCUUCAUACCUUCCACGGUAGACUUGUUCAGCCACAGUCAUCUCGUCAUGGACUGGUUGUGCCCAAGACCUGCAUGCUCCAACAGACAUGCAAUGUGAGGAAGAUCUACCCCAACCCAUUUGAACAGGACCCAGAAUAUAAUCGCCUGCCUGAUGAAUACACUCAUUUCAAUCUGGACUAUGUGCCACACCUGGGCAACAAGGGACAGUCCAUAGUGUCGAGCAUCCAGGCGUCUGCUGCUGCCAGUGAGCUGGGUCGCCUGUUUGCGGUGGUGCACGUGGACGGACAGCAGAGGAAGGUGACCACAGAAGACCUGCUCCUCAUCAACGGCUUCUUUCCACCGCAGAUCGGGGAUAAGAUACGACUGGAGAAGGUGAUGUUGGUUGGAGGAAGGGACUUCACUCUGAUGGGCAAACCCAUCCUCAAACGUGACCUUGUAAAUGUUGAGGCGACGGUGAUCGAGAAGACCAUGUCUCACGUACGUGUCAACUUCACGAUGUUGAAGAGAUUCAGGCGCCUCAAAUUGGUGCAACAUCCCCAGGCAGUGAUUGUCAUCAACAAGAUAGAGCUGCAUCCUUCAGUAUUGUGAAAAACCAGCUGCUCUAAGUUGGUUGUUGGGAAGAACAUCACGAAUCAUCCACAUGAGUUAACUAUUGCAUCGGACAUACUUAAACAACUGUUACAUUUAUUAUGCCCCCCUUCGAAGAAGAGGGGGUAUGUUGUUUUGCACAUGUCGGUCCGUCCAUUGGUCUGUCGGUCCGUCCGUCCACCAGAUGGUUUCCGGAUGAUAACUCAAGAACGCUUAGGCCUAGGAUCAUGAAACUUCAUAGGUACAUUGAUCAUGACUCGCAGAUGACCCCUAUUGAUUUUCAGGUCACUAGGUCAAAGGUCCAGGUCACGGUGACCCGAAAUAGUAAAAUGGUUUCGGGAUGAGAAGUCAAGAACGCUUAUGCGAUCAUGAAACUUCAUAGGUACAUUGAUCAUGACUCGCAGAUGACCCCUAUUGAUUUUCAGGUCACUAGGUCAAAGGUCAAGGUGACCCGAAAUAGUAAAAUGGUUUCCGGAUGAUAACUCAAGAACGCUUAUGCCUAGGAUCAUGAAACUUCAUAGGUACAUUGAUCAUGACUCGCAGAUGACCCCUAUCGAUUUUCAGGUCACUAGGUCAAAGGUCAAGGUCAUUUGAAAAAAGUUAUGAGCUAUUGUCAUCACCUUGGCGUCGGCCUCCGGUUAAGUUUUGUGUUUAGGUCCACUUUUCUCAUAAAGUAUCAAAGCUAUUGCAUUCAAACUUGGUACACUUACUUACUAUCAUGAGGGGACUGGGCAGGCAAAGUUAGAUAACUCUGGCGUGCAUUUUGACAGAAUUAUGUGCCCUUUUUAUACUUAGAAAAUUGAAAAUUUGGUUAAGAAAAAAGUAUACUUUUUGCAAUUGGGAAUAUAGCCGAAUUUCGGCUAUAAAAUCAGGCCAAAAAAAAACCUGCCUAGGAUCAUGAAACUUCAUAGGUACAUUGAUCAUGACUGGCAGAUGACCCCUAUUGAUUUUCAGGUCACUAGGUCAAAGGUCAAGGUCACAGUGACUCGAAACAGUAAAAUGGUUUCCGGGUGAUAACUCAAGAAUACUUAGGCCUAGGAUCAUGAAACUUGAUAGGUACAUUUAUCAUGACUUGCAGAUGACCCCUAUUGAUUUUCAGGUCACUAGGUCAAAGGUCAAGGUCAGUGACAAAAAAAGUAUUCACACAAUGGCUGCCACUACAACUGACAGCCCAUAUGGGGGGCAUGCAUGUUUUACAAACAGACCUUAAUUUGUCAUGUUUUAACUUCAUCAGAUUAAAUGCCAAGAUAAAGGAUUUUGAAAAGUA